AUGGCGGCGGCGGCGCCCUGCCGAGGCGCCUGAGCGGGUCGGGAGCGUCGCGUGACACUCCAGUCAUGGCGGCCCCGGGACAGGCCGUGGGCAGCGGGGCUCAGGAGACAUGCAGUCUGGAUCGGAUUUUGGAGGCACUGAAGCUGCUGCUGAGCCCGGGAGGAUCAGGCUCAAGUUCACUACAGGUCACAAAACACGAUGUCUUGUUGGCUACUUUAAAAUCUAACCUGUCUGCUUUGGAGGACAAGUUUCUGAAGGAUCCUCAGUGGAAGAAUCUGAAACUCCUAAGAGAUGAAAUUGCUGGUAAGGCAGAAUGGCCACAAAACUCUGUGGAUGUCACUUGGAGUUUUACCUCUCAAACCUUGUUGUUGCUUUUGUGCUUGAAGGAAACCAUGCUCCUCCUUGCAGCUAAUUUCAAUCCAGGUAAACCCAACCCUAGGACUCCGGAAGUUGCUCCUGCCCUGAGUCCCGAUGCACUUAGUAUCUCACAGCAGAAGACUGUCCAGUUCGUUUUGCAGUUUGUAGUCACCUUGGGUAUUUGCCCCUAUCUCAUGCCUGGUGUUGGAGUCCCUUUGAGGUAUAGAACUGAGUUUGGUGCCGUCAUUCAAGACGUGGUGAGUCUCGAUGCUGCCCCUGAUGCAACUCGAAGACUGUACACCAGCUGCAGGGCCCUUCUAAACAUUGCUCAGCACACGUCUCUGGGAAGCUUGAUAUUCUGCCACCAUUUUGGGGAUAUUACAGCAGGCCUGUGCCAACUGGGAUUCUGCCCAACCAAAAGAAAACUGCUAACACCUGCAGAAGAGGUUCUAACUGAAGAGGAAAGAGCCCUAUGCAGGGGGGCCUUGCGAGACAUGUUGGAUCAAGUCUAUCAGCCCUUAGCAGUCCGGGAACUGCUUAUCCUCCAGGGAGGACCACCCCAGUCCUGCACAGAUGUGAAGACACAGCUGAGGUGUCGGGCCCCAGCUUGGCUUCGGCGUCUAUGUGGACAGCUGCUCUCUGAAAGGUUAAUGAGGCCUAAUGGUGUUCAGGCAGUAGUCCGGGGCAUUUUGGAAGGAGCAGGUGCAGGGGCAGCUGGUGGAAGUGAUGCUGAGGCGACGGCUGCUGACUGGAAGAAGUGUGACCUGAUCGCAAAGAUUUUGGCCUCUUGUCCCCAGCAGUCUCUUUCACCAGAGAGUUACUACAGGGACAUCUGCCCCCAGGUUCUGGAUUUAUUUCACUUUCAGGAUAAAUUGACAGCACGACAAUUUCAGAGAGUUGCCACCACUACCUUUAUAACUUUGUCAAGAGAACGCCCACAAUUGGCAGCAAAGUAUUUGCUCCAGCCAGUGUUAGCUCCUCUUCAUCGAUGUUUGAGUACAGCAGAGAUUCCAGAGAGUGACAUGAUACCAGGAACUAUUUUGGUGACAGAAGAAGAACUUAGUAGAUGCAUUGAGGAUGUGUUUAAGGUGUACGUGGUUGGGAAUGAACCUUUAACAGUUUUGAUGGAUUCUCUGCUUCCUGUCCUGGGAGUGCUUUUUCUUCUCUACUGUUUUACUAAGCAGAGUGUAUCUCACAUAAGGUCACUUUGCCAAGAAAUCUUAUUAUGGAUUCUGGGGAAGCUAGAAAGGAAGAAGGCAAUUGCCAGCCUGAAAGGAUUUGCAGGGUUGGACAAAGCUGUGCCCUCUCUCCAUUCUCUGUGUCAGUUUAGAGCUGCCACUCAAGGUGGCAUUAUGAUUACCAUCAAAGAGGCCAUUAGUGAUGAAGAUGAAGAUGAAGCCCUGUACCAGAAGGUAUCCUCAGAGCAGGGCCGGGUGGAGCAUCUCGGGGACUUGCUGUCUCACUGCCAGGAAUGCGGUUUGGCAGGAGACUUCUUCAUCUUCUGUUUGAAAGAGUUGACUCACGUGGCCACAGAAAAUGAAACAGAGUUAAAAACUGAGCCCUUCUCCAGCAAGAGCCUCUUGGAAUUAGAGCAAUAUCAGACUCUUCUUAUGGAAGGCCAAGAGCAGAAGCUGCUUGUCCUGCAGCUGAUGGCUGUUCUGUGCGAGAGAAUGUCUGAGCAGAUAUUCACAAACAUCACUCAGGUGGUGGACUUUGUAGCAGCAACAUUGCAGAGAGCUUGUGCAAGCUUGGCCCAUCAGGCAGAGAGCACCGUGGAAUCACAGACGCUGAGCAUGUCUAUGGGGCUGGUGGCUGUCAUGCUAGGAGGAGCUGUUCAGUUGAAGUCAAGUGAUUUUGCUGUUCUGAAGCAGUUGCUGCCUCUGUUGGAGAAGAUAUCCAACACAUACCCUGAUCCUGUCAUCCAAGAACUCGCUGUUGAUCUCCGCAUCACCAUCUCUACCCAUGGAGCCUUUGCCACUGAGGCCAUCAGCACGGCUGCCCAAAGUACACUGAACAGAAAAGAUCUGGAAGGAAAAAUAGAAGAGCAGCAACAAACCAGUCGUGAAAGACCCACUGAUGUAGCUCAUAGCCACCUUGAACAACAGCAGAGCCAUGAGAUAGCCCCCCAGACAGGCCUGCAGUCAAAUGCUCCAAUCAUUCCUCAGGGAGUCAAUGAGCCCAGCACUACUACAAGCCAGAAAUCUGGAAGCAUAACCACAGAACAGCUCCAAGAGGUUCUUUUAUCAACUUAUGACCCUCAAAUUCCAACACGGGCUGCUGCCCUGCGUACUCUUUCCCGCUGGAUAGAGCAGAGAGAAGCAAAAGCCCUUGAGAUGCAAGAGAAGCUUCUCAAGAUAUUCUUGGAAAACAUGGAACAUGAAGACACUUUUGUAUAUCUAUCUGCAAUUCAGGGGGUUGCCCUGCUCUCAGAUGUCUAUCCUGAGAAAAUCUUGCCAGACCUGUUGGCUCAAUAUGACAGCAGCAAAGACAAGCACACACCAGAGACCAGAAUGAAAGUCGGGGAAGUCCUGAUGCGAAUCGUCAGGGCGUUAGGAGACAUGGUCUCAAAGUACCGAGAACCUUUGAUCCACACCUUCCUGAGGGGAGUGAGAGAUCCCGACGGUGCUCACAGGGCCAGCAGCUUGGCCAACCUUGGGGAGCUGUGCCAAAGGCUGGACUUUCUGCUGGGCUCCAUCGUCCAUGAGGUAACAGCUUGCCUGAUUGCUGUGGCCAAAACAGACAGUGAAGUUCAAGUACGCAGAGCUGCCAUACAUGUGGUUGUGCUGCUGCUUCGGGGACUCAGCCAGAAAGCUACUGAGGUGCUGAGCGCCGUCCUCAAGGAUCUCUACCACCUGCUGAAGCACGUGGUGCGUCUGGAGCCCGAUGACGUGGCCAAGCUCCAUGCCCAGUUGGCCCUAGAAGAGCUGGAUGACAUCAUGAAAAACUUCCUGUUCCCUCCACAGAAGCUGGAGAAGAAGAUUGUGGUCCUGCCAUAGACCUGGCUCCAAGGACAUGGAGGAGGCAGGCAGGGCCAGGCACCCAGAGCCAUGCCCAGGUCUUCCGGCAGGUGUCCCUGCUGCCUCUUGAAUGCUGGCAGCAUGCUGACCCUUGGGGUUGCUUUAUGGUGCUGGUCACUUGGGUCUUCAUGGUCCCUUCCUAAGGCAUCUGUUUAGCACUCCCUCAUUCAGCCUGAAGGGUGUGCAGUUAAGAGAAAACAAUUAGUCGGGCGCAGUGGCUCACGCCUAUAAUCCCAGCACUUUGGGAGGCUGAGGCGGGUGGAUCAUGAGGUCAGGAGAUCAAGACCAUCCUGGCUAACACAAUGAAACCCUGUCUCUACU